CUACCAUCAAUGGCAGCAACUAACGACUUACGCCGACGUUGUCUUCGUCAAAUCUCCUCAAAGCUCCAAUCCUCGUUUUCGUUGUCGUCGUGUUCGUCGUCUUUUCUCUAACCAUCAGUGGUUCGGUGGUGGUGGUUUUUGGUGGUUUCAUGGGUUGGCAAUGGUGGUUUGGUGGUUUUGGGUUCUAGAUCUACGUUCGUGGGUGGGUUUGGUGGUUUUGUGGUGGUUUCGUCGGUGGGUAGUAGGACGAUUGUAAACUUGGCGGAAGAAGCGAAGAUUGCUGGAGAAGGUGUUAAGGCUCCUGCUGGUUUUGCUGUUCUUACCAUUUGCAAGUCUAUCGUUGCUGGUGGUGUUGUUUCAAAAAUAAAAUGUUGAUAAAAUUGAAAGCAUUUUGAUUAAAUUAAUUUAUAUUGAAAAUCUGUGAUAUUUUGAUUUUUGGAACAUUUGAUCGUUCAUUUUGUGUUUUAUGCAAAUUUGAUUUAAAUUGAUACUUGAAAGUUUCAUUAUUUUGGUUUGAUUUGGAUGAAUUUAUGGUCCCUGUUUUGUUGUUGUUGUGGAUGUUUAUUCGAGGGUUACUAGGUCGGGGUUAUUUAAGGGGUUUUUAGAUGAGUUACAUGAGGGGUUACUUGAGAGGUUACUUAAGUAGGAUUACUUGGGGUUACUUGGAGGUUACUGGGAGGGGGUAAAAGAAGGGUUACUAAAGUGGGGUUAUUUGGGGGUUACUUGAGGGGUUAUUUGGGGGGUUGUCAGAAGGGUUACUUAAGUGGGGUUGCUUGGGGAGUUACUUGAGGGUUACUAAUGAGGCACCCUGCCGCACCGUGCGGUUGGCCGCACCAGAAACCCAUUGUAUGAAGAAAUGACCAAAGUGCCCUUGUAUAAUGUAUAUGCAAUAAUUUAUCCUCCGGCCUCGUCUGAUUAGAGUGUAAAUAAUCCAACUCCCAAGCUAAAGUUAUUUACUUUCCUCCCAUCUUCAACAAUUUAAGUACGAGUAUAUUUCAAUCAUUUUUUUUUGCAUAAUUGACUUGUUUGGAUCCAAGCAUAUAGUUCAUCAAUGCUCUCCAAUUGAAUUGCCGGGGGUCUGUGAGUAUCAGUGCAGAACCUUUAAUUGGGGAUUUAUUAGGGUUCUUCAGCUCGAUUUAGAAAUUUCAUCUUCAGUGGCUGAUGAUUGUGAAGGAUGAGUUUAUCACUUACUGUGAUGACCUUUAACCUCCAUGACGAACAGCCUGUUAAUAGUUUGAAUUCAUGGGAAAACAGGAAAGAUUUGUGCAUCAGCGUCAUUACCAGUUAUUCACCCACCUUCUUAUGUACACAACAGGGAUUGAAGUUGCAGUUGGAUUAUCUUCAGCAAGGAUUACCUGGUUAUGGGCAUUUUGGCAUAUCUAGAAAGGGUAUUGAAGAUGCUUCUGAUGAGCAUUGUGCUAUCUUUUUUGACAAGGAAAGGGUAGAGCUGGUAGAAGGUGGAACCUUUUGGUUAUCAGAGUCGCCAUCUGUCCCUGGAAGUAUUUCAUGGGGAGCAGUAGCUCCCUGUAUUGCAACUUGGGCGACAUUUCAGCUUAGGGGGGUAGAGCCUCCUGGUUUUUCCUUCCAGAUUGUAAACACAAAUAUGGAUGAGUUAAGUCCUCGUGCACGCCGAAGAGGUGCUUUACUCACUUGGCAGCAUAUCGCUUCAUUACCUCCAAGCUUGCCAGUAGUGUACUGUGGAGGGUUUAAUACACAAAAGGAAUCAACUACAGGGCGUUUCCUUCUUGGGAGAUCAAGAGAGCAUGGUGUGGUAGGUGAUAUGAGAGACACAUGGCCAAAUGCACGGGUAAGAAAAAAUGGAUCCUUAAUCCGCACCUAUCAUGGAUUCAGAGGUGACAAACAGGGAGCUUUGGAAUUUCUGAAGUUGAUUUUUAGGGCUCUUUGUCUCUGUUGGGAUCGACAAACUCAGGAUCUUCAUGUGGAUUGGAUUCUGUACAGAGGAAGAUCCUUGAUACCAGUACUAUGUGAAGUAGUGAAUGAUAAUAUCGACGGGUGUUACCCAUCCUCCCACUAUCCAAUGUUUGCUGAGUUUAUGCUUCCUCGAUCUGUCAGAUUGAGUGAAGCUCCAGCUCAAGAUGAAAGCUGAGCAAGCAGUAUUAUGAACUCCAUAGUACUGUUGUUUUUAAUUGAAAGCUGUUGAAAUACAUGCUUAGCACAGAAAUAUAAGAUUCAGCGGUAUUAGUUUUGAGAGAUUAUUUUUAGUGGGAAUUUUAUUGAUUCAGAUUGAGCUAUGAGUCGUGCCGCCUUGAAGUGAAUCCAAACAUACAAAAUGAGAAAAUCGUGGAUAUCAAGUUUUCUGCAAUCAAGUACACAACCGAAGGACAAGUUAUUGGUGUUUGAGUCUACAUUUUCCAUCAUGUUAUUCUGGUACUUCCUAGACGCCCAUGAUCAUGAGGAAACCAUGCUUCGAAGAUUAAUAGUCUUCACCUUUUAUUUUUCCCUCCAUUGAGGUGAAUAUUACAGGGAUCAUUGUGUGAGUUAUUUGAUUUUUAUAUUUAUCUUUCUUGGUUCCUUUUUACUUGUAAUGUUUAUACUUUUACACUUAAAACAUUUGAUCAUUUAUGAGCAUUUUAGAUUUGUAUUGAUA